AUGGAAUGUGGUGUAAGACAGGGCGGGCUAAGCUCUCCGUCGCUAUUCAAUUUGUAUGUGAACGCGCUGAUCGAGGCGCUCAGCAGAGAGCAUGUCGGCUGUCACGUGGACGGCGUGUGCGUCAAUAACAUCAGUUACGCAGACGACAUGGCCCUGCUGAGCGCGUCGGUCUGCGGGCUGAGGAAACUCCUGUCCAUCUGUGAAGCAUAUGCUACUUCGCACGGCCUUAAAUAUAACAUCCGGAAAAGUGAGGUCAUGGUUUUUGGAGCUAGGAGUAAAGAUUUGUCCAUACCUACUAUUUCCCUGUAUGGUGUUCCUCUGAACAGAGUAGAAAAAUUUAAAUAUCUUGGACAUAUCUUGGCUCCUGACCUCAAGGACGAUGCCGAUAUAGAUAGGGAGCGAAGAGCGUUGUCGGUUAGAGCAAAUAUGAUCGCCCACAAGUUUUCGAAAUGCUCGGAAGAUGUCAAAAAAACUCUGUUCAGAGCAUUUUGCACAUCAUUUUAUACGAGUACUCUGUGGGCCCAUUUUACAAAAAAAUCGUACGACGCUUUUCGCAUCCAAUAUAACAACGCGUUCAGGGUGUUGUUGCGGCUGCCUCGGUUUUGUAGCGCAUCAGGCAUGUUUGCCGCGGCGCGGGUCGACUGCUUCUACGCGACGAUGCGGAAACGCGGCGCCAGCCUGGUGCGCCGCGUCCGAGCCAGCUCCAACAGCAUCCUGGCCAUGAUAGCGAGCCGGCUAGACUGUCCCUACAUCAACCACUGCUGCGAUUUGCAUGUAGUGAAUAAAAAUUAG